ACCUCAUGGCUUCCUUAUCUGCAGCUUCACCCAUAUCAGAAUCACGAGAAUAUUGCCAACCAUGAUGUCCAACAGCCCUACUGGACAGAAAGGCGCCGCCUCUGGUACGGUACUGACCAGUGGAGUUGUCAUUCCACUGACUGCCUUCUAUGUUCUGAACUGGUUCUUCAGCGCGCUGGUAAUCAUCGCCUUCUUCGUCAGGGCAUACAUCCGAUAUGCUAGUUUCAAGCACUUGCUUCUCGAAGACUACCUCAUGCUCUUCGCGCUACUCCUGCACUUCAGCGGCGCUAUUCUCAUACAGCUAUUCAUCGAACACGCGUACGACAUCGAAGCCGUCGGGAAAGGCGAUUUCUCCAAAAUCGGCCCCGAUUUCAUUCAAAACUCUCAGAAGGCAUUUAUCGCUACCGGGGCCAGUCUCCUCCUCGCGAUGAUCGGGGUUUUGGUCAUCAAGCUCAACUUCCUAAUUUUCUUCCGUCGUCUCGGCCAGGAAAUCAAUCGUUUCGGCAUCGCUUGGUGGUUGAUUUUGAUAUUUACGGUGUCUUGCACAAUUGUUUCGCUUGCGAUAUCUCCGUUUGGAUGCAUGUUUGGCAAGAUUGAGCAUAUCCUCAGUCCGCAGUGCACCGGUCCAGCCAUGACACAUCGAGUCCUUGUUUCCACGGUUUUUUCAUCCGCAACGGAUGCUGCAUCGGACCUCAUGAUCGUCGCUCUACCCGUCGUAAUCCUGUGGAAGAGUCACAUCGAGAGACGCAAAAAGGUGAUUUUGAGCUUGGUGUUUGGGCUUGUUUUCCUGACGAUCGCCAUAACUAUUGUCCGCGGCAGUGUUUUCAGCGAGGUCUACAGCCAGUCUUCUCCUUCUGGGAAAGCGAAGACUCAGAGCGGAUCGUUUACCUGGUUUUGGUUCUACUGCCAAUUCAGCGUCGCAUACUUGAUCGCCUGCAUAAUUUCCUUCCGCACGCUAUUUGUGCAGCGCAGAAACGAAGCCGAGAAAAGAGAUCAGAUGCAAAAGCGUCGCGAACAAAUCUACAAAAGUGCCGCCCGGAGGGGGUUGCGAGCUAAAGCUCAGCAUCUUCACAAUACUCUACUGGAAACCUGCAAGUCGCUUGAAGGAGUGUCGAGCGAUGAGGGCCUGUCCAUGCACCGGCUGCCAAGUGUGCCAACAGGCCUGAUGACUGUAAACUUCAACGACGAUGGCAACUGGAGAAGAGCAGCGGAAAAAGACGACCGGAGCUCGCAUACAAGCUCCGACUGA